AAUUAAAAAAGGAAGGUAGAAAAGGAAAGAACAAUACACAAAAAAACAAUAAAUUCUUGCUCACCGAACACAUCAUUAAGGAACACAAAAAACCAGAUAUUUUGUUUCCUUUUAAUCCAUCAACCCCUCUUCUUGUCUUUACUCAUUUAUUCUAUUUUCAGAUUUUUAUCACUCACCCAACUCUGAAAAAUUCAAUCUUUUUUCAGUCCUCAGCUUUACCUUUUAAUGUGAUUCCACUUCAAAAAUAUUAUCUUGUUUCUUGGAUUAUGCCUAGAUCUUAGUCUAUUUCAAGACGACAGGAAAAUUCAUUGGAUUAGUCAGGGACAACUGUGGAUUAUAUAGAACUUAUAAUUUCGUUUAGGCAAGACAGUGAAUUUUGUGAGGUGAAUGAGAUAGCCAAUGGAUCGCUUUCAAUUGGUUUUGCACCUUAGACCUUUCUGAUUGAUGACACGUCUUCUCUUCUGAGAGUGUUUCAAUCAGUAAAGCAAGUACAGGUUUGCUGGAAAGAGACAAAACAUCUUGUAGUGAUGAUGAAACAGAUACUCAGUAAGCUUCCUAGGAAGCCGUCUUCUAAGUCAGCUGAAAAUCGUGAUGGAGGAAUUUCGACAUUUCCCUCAAACGCUUCAACUAGUUCUCCGUCUGGGAAUGGAGAUGGACUUCCCCUGGCUGUAAAUAAUGAGGUGAAUGGAACAGUUUCCCUGUAUGAGGCGUUGCCUAGUUUUAGAGAUGUACCAAAUUCUGAUAAACAAAACUUGUUCAUCAAAAAGCUGAAUUUAUGUUGUGUCUUGUUUGACUUUACUGAACCUAUGAAAGAUUUGAAGGAAAAAGACAUCAAGCGACAGACCUUGGUGGAGCUAGUUGAUUAUGUUACUUCUGCAGAUGGGAAAUUCACGGAAACUGUCGUACAAGAAACAGUUAAAAUGGUGUCGUUAAACUUAUUCCGGUCUCGUGCUCCUCAACCUCAUGAAAACAAACUAUUGGAAGCUCUUAUCCUGGAAGACGACGAACCCUUGAUGGACCCCACAUGGCCACACGUGCAAAUUGUGUAUGAGUUGCUUCUCCGGUUCGUGGCAUCACCGGAGACGGAUCCAAAAUUGGCUAAGCGAUACAUUGAUCACGCAUUUGUUAUCAAAAUAUUAGAUCUCUUUGAUUCCGACGAUCCAAGAGAAAGGGAGUACUUAAAAACUGUACUGCACCGAAUGUACGGAAAGUUCAUGGUGCACCGCCCGUUCAUAAGGAAAUCAAUCAACCACAUAUUUUACAGGUCUAUUUUCGAAACUGAAAAGCAUAAUGGAAUAGCGGAACUCUUAGAAAUUUUGGGAAGUAUAAUUAAUGGAUUUGCUCUGCCAUUGAAGGAAGAGCACAAAUUGUUCCUCGUUCGAGCUCUUAUUCCGCUUCAUAAACCAAAGAGUAUACAAAUAUAUCAUCAGCAGUUAUCUUACUGCAUAACACAAUUUUUAGAAAAAGACUGCAAGCUUGCUGAUACUGUUGUAAGAGGUUUGUUGAAAUACUGGCCAAUCACAAACAGUUCAAAAGAGGUAAUGUUCUUAGGUGAACUCGAGGAGGUAUUAGAAGCAACUCAGCCACAAGAAUUCCAGCGUUUUAUGGUUCCAUUGUUUCGUCAAAUGAGCCUUUGUUUGAGCAGCUCACACUUUCAGGUGGCUGAGAGGUCUUUACUCCUGUGGAACAAUCAUCAUGUUGAGAACCUAAUCAGACAAAAUCGGGAAGUUAUACUGCCAAUAAUCUUCCCUUCCUUGGAGAAGAAUGCUAGAGGCCACUGGAAUCAUGCAGUAAAAAGUUUAACAUUAAACGUUCGCAAAAUUUUCUCCGAUAUCGAUGCUGAACUCUUCGAAGGGUGCUUGCAGAAAUUCGAAGAGGAUCAGGCCCGGGAAGAAGAGACAAAAGUGAAACGUGAGACUACAUGGAAAAGAUUAGAAGAAAUCGCUGCAUUGAAUGCUACAAGCAAUGAGUUAGUGCUAGUUUCUUGAAGGAUGGAACUGUACAUAUGCAAUUGCAUGAUCAGAGAACCUUGAGAUUUUUUAGUCUAUAGCGCGUCUAUAGCUGGAUUUAUUCGAUAGGUGUAUCCUCUUUGUUGGAUUUACAAAUGAUUGAGAGAGAACGAUUCUUCAGGUAUUAUGUUUAUGAUCUUUUUUGCUUCUAGUUUUGUUUUAGUUUGCUGAUAAAUCUCUGUAUCGUGUAUAUGCACAUUUGCAGCUUGGCCUGAAAUGUUUCUGUAGAUAAUCUUCAAAAAUCCAAAUUAACGCAGACGAGGCAAUGUUCAGCAACAUAAUUCUUCUGAUUUCA